AUGAGAUGUAUCACAAAAUGGAGACGACAAAAUGUACAAUUACGGGCAUUGGUGGAGUCUAGUGAUUCAGAUGAGAAUCCAGGUCCCUCAAAUGAGAAUGAUAAUCCUGGCCUCUCUUUUGCUGAUAGUCCAACAGACAUACAGACUCAAGAGCACUCUGAUACAGGAGAAGACGAGUAUCGAGAUGAUCGUCACCCUCUAGACAGUGAUGGUGAAAUAUAUGAAUUAAAUCCUGCAAACACUGAAGAAGAGCUUAAAGCUUUAGAGGAUCGCCUGGAGGACGUUAAUGAGGGAGCAGAACUGAGUAAACAUCUGAAGAGGUUAGGAGAGGUUGAUGCUGCAGACCAUGUAAAGAAGUCAAUGGCUGCGUUUGUCAUUGUAGCUCCAGCAAGGCUGAGGCUUGGAAUGAAACUGAACAUCUUAUUAGAGGCACACAGCCUGUCCAAGCCAAUCACUGUCACAGUCUCUGUGUAUACAUACCCGAGGGAAUACGUCCUGACACAGGACUCUGCCAUUCUCAAUUCAGAAAACAGCUACAGUGCUCUCAAAACCAUUGAGAUCAAUCCAAAGCCGUUGCUUUUGGAAACGGAGAAGUAUAAAUCUGUUAAACUGGUUGCUCAAUUUGGGAGUUUCCAUAAAGCUGAGAAAUUUAUCAUGCUGUCAUUCAGCUCUGGAUAUAUAUUCAUUCAAACCGAUAAACCGGUUUACAACCCUGGAGACACAGUUCAUUACAGGGCUUUUGUAUCCAAUCCUGAAUUCCAAGCUUUCAACAGCACAAUAUCUCUUGAGAUUCAGAACCCAGAUGGUAUUGUGAUGCACAGCAGAGCCAAAGUCAGUGCAAGCAACGGGAUCCUAUCUGAAAGCUACACCCUCUAUACUGUGGUCAAAGAGGGAACAUGGAAAGUUGUUGCAAAUUUUGAUAAUGUUAAAGAAAAUAGAUACAGCACCGUAUUUGUUGUAAAGAAAUGUGUUCUCUCACCAUUCAAGGUCACUUUAACUCCAAAGAAAUCCUACUUAAGCCUAGAUGAGGAAAAGUUGGAAGUAGAAGUCACAGCCAGGUAUCUUUAUGGUGAACCAGUGAAAGGUGUUGCAUAUGUGGUGUUUGGUAUUGAAAUAAAUGGUGAGAAAAAGAGAAUAACUUCUAUGAAGCAAAUGAAUGAUCUAAAUGGAAAAACUGUUAAUUUGACUAUGGAGGAGAUAAAGAAGGCCUAUCCUGACACAAGCAGACUAUUGGGGUCUUCUGUGUACGUCAAAGCAUCAGUAAUGACCAGCUCAGGUAGCGACACUGUGGAAGCAAUGAAAUCCGGCAUUAAAAUAGUAAUGUCACCCUACGUGCUUUCCAUCAGGGACACGCCAAAGUAUUUCAAACCUGGCCUGCCAUUAGACAUAGUGGUUACAGUGAGUCACCAAGAUGGAUCUCCAGCCCCUAAUAUUCCUGUUGAAAUCAACUUCCUUCAAAAAACAAUCAGCACACACAGCGGCACUAUCAGGGUCUCCGUCAACAUGUCUGAUGAAGUCAAGACACAUAUAUUGAAGGUAAAAACAGCUCUUCCUGGUGUGAAUGCAGAAAAGAAAUUUUCAGAGGAGAUGCCUUUGGAGCCAUAUUUUUGUUCUUACGGCUUAUUUAAGAACUACCUUCACAUCUCAGUGGGCUCCAACAAAGUGGCAGUGGGCAACAGUCUUAUCAUCAAAGUGUACAUUAAAACUGCCUCUCCAGAACACAGAGAAGUUGUGAAGCAGCUGACGUACACUGUUUUGAACAAAGGGAAAAUAAUAACAGCUGCCAGGGUAAAUGUAGAAUGUCUGGAUGUCGUAAAUAUUCCUUUGCUGGUGACCACAGAGAUGCUACCUUCAUUCCGGCUGGUGGCAUACUAUAUGUUGCCAUGGCAACUAAAUGCAGAAGUGGUGGCAGACUCAGUGUUUGUGGAUGUGGAGGACCAGUGUGUAGCCUCACUCAGUUUAGGACCAGUGGCGGGAGAAAAACUCAGUUCAUACUCACCAGGCAGGAGCAUUAAAUUUGAAGUGAAAGGAGACACGGGGGCAAAUGUCAGCCUGGUUGCUGUGGAUAACGCCAUCUUUUUGUUGAAUAAAAAUCAUCUGACGCAGAAGAAGGUGUGGGAGGUGGUGGGUCAGAGUGAUAUGGGCUGCACCGCAGGAGGAGGCAGGAAUAAUAUGGGUGUUUUCAGUGACGCAGGACUUGUGUUUUAUUCCAGCAAAGGAGAACGCACCGAUUUUGGAUCAGAGAAGGCAUAUUCUGAGAAGUUCCUGCAGAGAUGUUGUGUGGACGGCAUGAGGGAGAUUCCCAUGCCAUAUUCCUGCAACCGUCGCUCCCUCUACAUCACAGAGGACAGGAGCUGUGUGUCGGCUUUCCUUCGCUGUUGCAAAGAGUACAGUAGGGAGAGGACAACCACAGAAAAAGGAAGUGGCCCAGUGGCUGUUCAGAGUGCAGUGAGAAGAGCUGAAAAAAUCUUGGAUCUGAAUUUAAUAGAGGACGAUCUCGGUGAAGAUGAUUUAUCUGACUUAGAGAAUAUUUACGUGCACACUAAGUUCUUUGAGUCUUGGAUGUGGACUGACAUCAGAUUACCAAGUGUCACCAAGCCUGAUGGGUUGGCUGUAUAUCCAGUGAACACCACUCUUCCUGACAGUAUCACUCAGUGGGGGUUUCUAGCCAUCAGUGCUUCACCCCAGACAGGUUUCUGUGUGUCUGAACCGUAUAACAUCCGGGCGUGGAAGCCGUUCUCAAUAGACCUGUGGCUGCCUCGUUCAGUGUCCAGAAAUGAACUUGUGGAAAUCAAAGUUGUGAUCCACAAUUACAGGAAUGAAACCCUGAAGGUAAUGGUGAUCCUGGAAAAAACAAAAGACAUGUGUAGUGUGGCAUUUAGCAAUGCUCACAGACAGCAGGUUUCGGUACCGGCCGGCUCCUUCAAGCUGAUUUCAUACACCAUCAUCCCUCUGAAAACAGGAGAGCUCCCUCUACAGAUCACAGCUUUUCCACAUUCUUCUAUUGAAGCGGCUACAGUGAGGAAGCAUCUACGUGUGGUAAUAGAAGGCAUCCGGACAAUCAAGUCAAGGAGCUUUGUGUUGAACCCUUCUAAGACAGGAGACAUAACAGGGAGACAGGUGAUAAAAGUGGAGAAAAUGGAGUUAAAAUCAGUGGUACCAAAUUCAAAGCCUACGGCAUUUAUCAAUGUCAGAGGUGAUUUGCUGGCAGACAUCAUUUAUAACUCCAUUAAGGAGGACUCUCUGGUAGCGUUGAUCCGGAUGCCCGGUGGGUGUGUGGAGCAGAACUUGGCCAGAAUCUCGCUGCUCCUCAUUGCCACCCAUUACCUGGACCGCAGUGGAAACUGGGAUGCUGUGGGAAUAGAUCGCAGACAAGAGGCCAUCAGAUACAUCCAGACAGGUUAUACAAAUCAACUUAAUUAUCAAAAAAAGGAUGGCUCAUACCCUCCCUAUGAAAAAGAAGGCACCAGUACAUGGAUCACUGCGUAUGUGGUGAAGGUUUUCUCCAUAACAAAAUUGUUUAUAAACAUCAAUGAGAAGCAUCUGUGUGGCCCUCUGGUGUACCUGCUCAAGAAUAAACAGCGUCCUGAUGGAUCCUUUCAAGAGGACAAUCCUGUCUAUGACACCAGUAUGAUGGGAGGCCUGCGCGGCUCUGAAUCCAGAGUGUCUCUGACUGCAUUCGUGCUCAUUGCUUUGGCAGAGGCACAGAAUGCUGUUACCUGCCAAGAGCCAGGCCUCAACAUACAGUGCAUUUCCAGUAAAGCAGCGGACUAUCUAAGGGAGAAUUUCCUUCGACUGAAGAGGCCGUACACAGUGGCUAUAGCAUGCUACGCUUUAGCAGUGUCCAACCACGGCUGCAUGAAGAGCAUGCUGUUAAAGUUUGCUUCACCGGAUCGUACCCACUGGACUGACUCUUAUAAUCGCUUCUUCACACUGGAAGCUACUGGCUAUGCAUUGUUAGCGCUGAUCAAAGAGGGUCAUAUGAAGGAGGCAGGUGCCCCUUUUCAAUGGUUAAAUGAGCAACGUGACAUCGGAGGAGGGUAUGGCUCAACUCAGUCCACUAUGGUAGUACUACAAGCCCUCUCUGAGUACCUAAUAAAGAGGCCUCCUCCAUAUAAUUAUACAUUAAGGGUGGAGCUCCAUGUGCCCGGUGACAGAAUUACUACAUGGAACUUCCUUCCCAAAAUGGCUCAUAAGCUUCAAACUGCUAAGGUACCAUUUGACAAGGAAUUCAAAGUGGUGGCUACUGGGAAUGGCAAGGGAAUUUUGAAGGUAGUAACAGUGUACCAUGAGCUUCCUGAUGUGUAUGAGAACAGCACAUGUAAUGGCUUCCAACUUGAUGUCUCCAUUGCUAAGACUAAUGGAAAUCCCAGACCAGAUGUAGAAAUGUCUUACAAACUUAAUAUCAGAGUGAGGGCUCUUGAGGGAGAGCAAAGAAUGGUAAUUCUGGAUAUAGGCUUGCCCACCGGCUUUGAGCCCGAAAACUCUGACUUAGAACAGCUUAUGAAUCCAGUGGAUCGUUACAUCAACAACUUCCAAGUGGUGAACCUGAGUGACAGAGGAUCCCUCAUAAUUCACCUAUUUAAGGUGUCCAGUACUGAGACAGAUGUGAUCUCAUUCAGACUGCAUCAGAAAUUUAUAGUGGGACUCCUUCAGCCUUCUACUGUCACAGUGUACCAGUACUACAACAAAGAUAAACGCUGUAGCAGGUUCUACUCUCCUCCUGAAAUUCAGCUGGAAAAUAUCUGCAAAAAUAACGUGUGUCGCUGCUCACAGGGUAACUGCUGUGUACGGAAACCAGAAAAUUUGUCUUUUGGAAAACAGCGGUUGAAACUAGCUGCAUGCGAAGGAAGACAUUAUGUCUACAAGGUUAAACUGAUCAGUGUAAAGAAGUGUCACUAUGAUCAGUACGAGAUGAAGAUCGUCCAGAUUAUACAAAAGGGGUCAGAAGCUGGUUUGAAAAAAAAUGACAAGAGGAUGUUUCUCUCACAUGCAAGCUGUAGGAGAGGGCUUGGUUUGAGAGAGGGUCAGGACUAUCUGAUCAUUGGGCGGACUGCUGAUGUUUCACAAGCAGGGAGCACAACCAACAUGUACCUGUAUAUGCUGGGUAAGGACACGUGGGUCGAGCGCUGGCCAGCCGAGUCUGAAUGUGUUCGUGGAUCCGCUCUGAAGGUGAAAUGUGCUGAGCUGAAGAGCUUCCCAGCAGCACUGACAAAGAGUUGCCGUCAGAUUUGAGAGACGCCUCACAAAUUUUAUUCUCUAAACACUCUAAUGACAAUAACGUAUCAAAUCUGUAACCAAAAAUCAUAUUAUAUUGCAUAUCAUUAAUAGAAAUGUUACAGAACUAUG